AUGAUCGCCAGCGGCAGCGACGACUCCACCAUCAAGGUCUGGGACCGGCGGCUGGCGGGCACCUCGUGCCGCCGCCCCGUGGGCAUCCUGCUGGGCCACACGGAGGGCCUCACGCACCUCUCGGCGCGCGGCGACGGCAGGUACCUGCUGUCGAACGCGAAGGACCAGACCGCGCGGCUCUGGGACGUGCGGCGCAUGCGGACGCCGCAGGAGGCGCGGUCGCUGCCGCCGGCGUCGUUCCCGCGGCAGUCCUUUGACUACCGCUGGCAGGGCUACCCAGCCGCUGGCUAUGAGGUCAAGCACCCUCAUGACAGCAGCGUCCAGACGUACCGCGGCCACAAGGUGCUGCAGACGCUUAUACGCGCCUACUUCAGCCCCGCCCACAGCACAGGGCAGCGCUACGUCUACUCGGGGUCCUCCUGUGGCAGCGUCUUCGUGUGGGACCUCGUCACAGCACGCCAGGUGGCCGUGCUGCACCACCAUCGCGAGAUCGUGCGCGACUGCAGCUGGCACCCGCACGAGCCGGAGCUGGUGUCCGUGUCAUGGGACGGCACGGUGGUGCAGUGGGACGCCGCGGCGCCGGGGGCAGGGCCGGCGGACAGCGCCGAGGCCGCGCUGCGCCGCGAGGCGGCCGGCUACGGCGACAGGUUUGACGGCAUGUACUGA